AUGGUUUCAUUGAAUAUUAACUCGAUUGGUAUAAUUGGUGGUGGUCCAGGGGGAUUAGCUUCACUUUAUGAAUUUUUGAAUACUUCAAAAGAUGGUGAAUCUACAAUUGGUACUGAUAAAAGACCAAUUAAUCCAGCAUUUUCUAAAAUAGUUGUAUUUGAACAAAAAGAUCAACCUGGCGGAGUUUGGACUAAAUCUAAUAAUAAAAAAGAAUAUGAUUUUGAAAUCCCACCUCAAGAUAUUUUAAAUACUGAAAAUUAUAACGAUCCUUUUAUAAUUAGACCUAAAAAUGAAAUACCUGAUGGGAUUCAAGAAUCAAGUAAAGAAAAUCCAAUCAUUACUGAAAAGAAUAAAUUACAAGAUGAAUUGGAAUGGAAAAGAAAUGGAAUUUAUCCAUUUUUAUUCACAAAUAUUCCUGCAAGAUUUACAAGAUUUAGUUAUUUACCCAAUGAACAACAAUAUCAAGAUAAAUCAAGAAUUAUUUAUCCAUUUUUAUAUCAUCAAGAAUUAGAACAAAGAUUUAUUGAUUUUAUAAAUCAACAAGAAUUAAAUCAAUAUAUUAGAACAAAUACAACAAUUGAAAAUAUUUAUAAAAAUCAACAAGGUAAAUGGAUAAUAACAGCAAGGUAUAAAAACCCAAAUACUAAUAAAAAUGAAUGGUACAAGGAAGAAUUUGAUGCUAUUGUUAUUGCAAAUGGUCAUUAUACAAUUCCAUAUAUUCCAAAAAUUAAAGGAUUAUCAAAAUUUAAUGAAAAUUUCCCCAAUGUUUUAAUUCAUGCUAAAUCUUUUAAAUCAAUUGAAGAAUUUGAAAAUAAAAAUGUAUUAAUUAUUGGUGGUUCAAUAUCAGCAGCAAAUUUAAUUCAAUAUAUUAUACCUGUUGCUAAAUCAAUUACAAAUUCAAAACGUGGUAAAUCAAUUGCUUUUGAAUUUAUUAACGAUGCUUUAAAAGUUCCUGAAAUUAUACAAAAAGAAACAAUUGAUAAAAUUGAUCCUAAAACUGGUAAUGUUCAUUUUAAAGAUGGUAGUAUUGGUAAAUAUGAUAAAAUUUUAAUUACAACUGGGUAUCAUUAUCAUUAUCCAUUUGCUUCAGAUUAUUUAAAAUUAGUUAAUCCUGGAAAUUUAUCAAGAGUUAAAGGAUUAUAUUAUGAUACAUUUUAUCAAAAUGAUCCAACUUUAGGUACUGUUGGUAUAGCAGUAUCACAUUUGAAUUUUCAUACUAUUGAAGCAAGUUCAAUUGCUUUAGCUGGUGUUUGGUCAGGUUAUAAACAAUUACCAAGUUUAAAAGAACAACAAGAUUGGGAAACUUCAAAUGUUGAAUCCAAAGGUGAUUCAAUUAUUUUCCAUUAUUAUAAUCAUCAUGAAGCAAAAGAGAAAUUUGUUGAUAAAUUGGUGAAUUUUGCUCCUAAAAAUAGAUAUAAUCCUUUAGAAAUUGAUGGGGAAUUUGUUAAUGAAAUUGAUGAUGGAUUGGAAAAAUUAUCUGAAUUAUAUUAUUCACUCAAAGAUAAAAAAUUAACCAUUAAAGAUACUUCGUUACCCGUUGAAUGA